AUGAGUACGAAUGCUAGUGAAAAUUCGGUUGAUAACCAUGAGGAAUCUGGCGAAUCUAAAUUUUCUCGCGUAGCGAAAUGGCGAAGUUCAAUCCGAUCAGGAAUAAAGAAGUCGAAGAAGACCACUCAAAAGCUCUCGAAACAAUUGAAAAAUGAAACGCAAAAGGCCUUAGAUACAGUUCAGCAAAAGUUGCCUUUGAAAACGCUCAGCUCCGGAACAAGCAUAGACAAUCUUCACGGCAAUCAGCGAUUUCAAUCAGAUGCAUCGAGCUUUAACCCUCGUGACGCUCGCGACUGGAAUGACAACAACGACCAAGUUUUUCUCCAAGGUGCUUGGGGCUCACGAGAACAAAUUCUUGAGCCUGAAUUAACUACUCCGACGAAUUCAAUAAAGAAAACCCACACUCUACUGGCUUCCAAUGUGGAGCAUACCGCGGCUGUAGCUAGAGCCUUUGUCGAGUACGCAGGCCCGCAAGACAGCCCCAUGUCAUCACCGCGAGCGGGCUCAGAGAGAUCUUCAAUGAGCGCGUUCGAUGCCGAUACAAUGUACAAUACGGCUCGGUCGCAAGCAUUCGACAACAAUAAUUCCCGGCCUCCAGCUCCUCCUUGUCCGCAACCGCCACUCUCUCCUGAUCACGAAAACGAGGACUCGUUCUUCCCGCCUCCUCCAGUCUCUGCUCCACCUCUACCCAUAUCCGCACCAACAUCACCUCAUCGGAAACCAUCGCCUCCACCAGUGCCUUUGAGACGAUCUCAUACAUCUCUUUCUAAUCCUGUCUCCAGAUCAUCUUCCUUCCGUCCUGCGCCUCCUCCACCACCGCCACCGAUUUCUGAAUCUCGAUCAGGCUUCAGAAACUCGCAUAUUCCCAACGAUAGUCAGCCAAGUGCGCCCAGUGGUUACGAAACAGUAGACCGAUGUCAGUUCAAUACAAUGGACAUGAGACGGCAGUGGUCAAUUAAUCACAACUAUGAAGAUCAACUGGAGCAGGACCUUGACAAUACGCUCGAAACUUCAACGGAAGUUUGGGGCGAUGUUGAGAAUGCUGAUUCGUUUGACGAUGAUUCGGCAGAAGAAUACCAAAUAGAGGACGAUUUUGAGGAUGAACAAAGAGAUCAAUUUUCAAAAGGGUCAAGUCCAUACAGAAGAGUCCUUCGUGAUGCUGAUCAUGCUACACCUUCAACUUCCCGAUCUCGCCCGGACUCUCUCGCUUCUGGUCCCUUCGCAGAAGGCGGUAGAAGCAUUGGCUCGAGCAAAGGAAGCUGGGAUCUCGAAACAAGUGAGGAAGGCAUUGAUGAGGACGGCAGUGUUGAUGGAGGCGAUGCUGACAAUUCUCGCACUGGGUCGGCCACACCUGGCUCACACCAAAUCACUUCCAGGCUGAGAGAUACUUUUCGUUCGACGCUUAGAGACGCCACCAAGAUUUCAAGGGUGAAAGAAAUGGUCAGAUAUGUUCAGAGAAGACCAAGGUCGGCAAUAGAAAAAAGGGCGUACAGAGAAUCCUCGUAUUUCCAGGGUCAACAACACGACCGCCGACGGUCGGUUCAAGUCGAAUGGGGCCACCUCCCGCCUCCACCCAGUGGAGCCACAGAUAAUGAUAUCAAACGCCGACGCAUACUCCAAAGUCUGGUUCAAACUGAAAAGGCCUAUAUUAACAGUUUGGGCAUUCUGGAACACGAUUACCGCCAACAGUUACUACGGCAACCAGUAGUCGAAAAAAGUUAUGUGGAUAGAAUUUUCGGCAAAGUAACACCUAUCUACUCCCUUCAUAAACUUUUUGAAAUCGCUCUUGAUUCGGCAAUUAUGGAUUGGGAUGUGACACAGCGUGUUGGGGAUAUAUUCACUGGAACUUUUGACAAACAAACUGUUCUUGAGCACUACUCCGCUUAUAUCAAUGCCUUGCCUGAAACAUUGAAGCUUGUGCAGAAGCUCUGUGCGCGAAGAACAUUCUUUGAUUUCUGUACCAAACAACAAGAAACACAAGGUGACAAUCUGAACCUUUUUGGCCUGAUGCUAAAGCCAGUUCAACGCUUUCCACAAUUUCUCCUCAUCCUGCAAGAUUUGCUCCAGUCAACUCCUUUUGAACAUCCUGACAGAGUCGCUCUAGAAGGAGCACUCACAUCUCUGGAUAAACUUACAGAGCAGCUUGACUAUCGACGCGAAAUUCAGGAGCAACGGCAGCUUUUCUACAAGCUAGCGAAGCUGUCCAAAACCGAAUGGCAGGAAGGAGACAAUGGACGGGUAAUUAAAUGCGGCCCAGCAACGGAAGUCUUGGAGCUGAGUAACAAAGAUGGCGAUGUUGUUGACUUGCGCGAUGGAAUUCUCAUUCUUACUGACAAGGGAAAGCUUUUGUUUCUCCUCAAUCCAAAGAAGCAGUCCAACAAUAAAGGAUCAAAAGAUUCUGAAAUCGAAGGAUGCAAACUAAAAUGGCGGUGUGAUGUGAAAGACAUUCGACUCAGCGACUUCUCCGAAGAAAACCUUUCUAAAAAGCUCGGCAGCCGGGACGGCAUCCAAUCUGAUCUCGAGACUUUAUCUCAAAUCGAGUCACUUGUCGGGAAGUUAUCUUCUAAUUUGGAAACAAAGACGCUUACUCAGGAGCUUGAUUCUCUCAAAGAAAAGGUGAACAGAUCCAUGAAUUUGGUGGGUUCUUCUGUGCAGACGACAAUCACAAUUCAGAAGAAUGAGGGAAUACGGAACGAUCCCUGGAUGAAGAAAUACGUCCGGUUCAGCAGUGGAAUAAAUGCGAGAGAGUGGAUGGAUGCUAUCAGGGCAGUCAGAAUACGACUCGUUAACGAUAGGAUAAUGCCGUUUACUCCAUGGAGGACGCCGCAGGAUGAUUCAACAACGACAGGGGCUGACCGAGUUAUGCCGGUCUACAUUGGUUCUGUGUGGCCUCGAAACGAACAGACCAACUGCGAUCUCGAGUAUUCUCAAUUUUGUUCUUACGCUUCUCCCGAAUUCGACGGAAGUAUUUACGUCUGGCAAGCUAAUGACGAUUUUGUCGAGAUAUCCCACAUCCAAAAAGAAGACGAUAUUGUCAGCGAGCAGAACCGCCUCCGUGGUCGCGGAUUCGACCCAUUUAUACACUCAAUACAGGCGAAGACAUCAAUCUCAUCGAUAAUGCACGCGUACAAUGCUGUUUGGGUCUUUUUGAUGGACGGUGACGUAAUGGCCUUGCAAGAUUGUCCUCCAUUCAGACGAUUCGGGUUGACAAAAGAGCUAACUGAUGACCAGGUUGUUCAAGCAACAAUUCAUGGUGAAAACGGUUUCUUGAUAACAACGAAAUCUGGAGUUGUGGCAUUCGCUGUCAUCAAUCACGAAGAGCAGAGAGAUUUAACACUUGUGCUAGAAAAUCUUGUUUUGGAUGCAGGCUCACCAGUGCGUCUGAUUCCUAUUGCUUCAAAAGAGGAAACCUGGGCAUGGAGAUCGGGAAAAGUCAAGGCUAUCAAAAACGGGCAUAUUGUGGACGAGUUUGCAUGCCGGGAACUCGGCUCUGUUCCUCUCUCAGCAUCGAUUAGCAAAGGCACUGGAGUUUGGGUUGCUCGUGGAGAUCUUCCGAUUCUUUACCUUUACCACGCGCAUACGAAGCAGCUUCUACAGACUUUUGAUCUCUCCCACAGUGCAUUUACUGUCAAAGCGAGCCAUUCGUUUGGCGUCUCCCAUCUGACAACCAUGGCAAACUUCCUUGUUGCCGGGACAACGAGUGGUAUCGUGAUUGUCCUCCCUCUUCCAAAACUCGCAGUUUCAAAUCCCUCAAUUGUCGGUCCCGCCCAUGCUUCCGCCAUCGGUCACCUUGGACGUGUUGCUGCUCUCCACUCAAUAGUCCCCUCAAUCUUGAGCUCCUCUGAUUCUGGCCUUGACCACGCAACAGCAUCGUCUAGCAAGAAAAAUCUGCAUAGCCAGGCAACCCUUCUGUUUUCAAUCGGCCAAGGGCACAAAAACCCACGAGACGCAGAGAAUAAAGAUGUCAUUUGUAUUUCUGUAUGGAGAAGUGGAAGCUAG